AUGUUUGUCUUCUGGUUUCAGGUGCUGACCUGCAAAGCCGAUGAGCUGGACAAUGUGCCAGUGGCUGUGAUUGGUGACCUCCCUUGCCCUACACGGCUAAGAUCUCUGCCCAUUGGUCAGGCUGUUCCUGCUCGAGACACGGACAGUGAGAGAGAUCUUGUUGAUCGCCCGCGGCGUGUAGAUUUCUCCCAAGUGGUUCUCACAGCUACAUUCGAGCUGGAGCCAGAGCGGCCCAGCCCAGAGGAGGAAGUGGAGGAGGAGAGUGUGGUUGUGAGGGAGCAGCAAGAAGAAGGAAAGCAGUUGAGUGAAUCGAGCAGCGAGCAGAGUGAGAAGAGCUCAGAGUGCAGUCAGGAAGCUGCUCCAUCCACACUGCUGGCUGAGGAUCAGAGGGAAGGUCAGUGUCGGCUCUUGGGGCAAGAUGGAGAGCAGGAACUGGAGGAAGGCUCCAAAACCCUGGUACUGUUCUCACCGGGCGACCUGCACAAAUCACCCACAGCAGGGGAACUGGCACCUGACCCUGACCUUGGCACGUUGGCUGCCGUAACACCCCAAAGCGAGAGGCCUCAGGCACUGGGCAGUCAGCUGGAUGUCUCUGAACCAGGAACACUGUCGUCCAUCAUCAAGUCAGAAGCAAAGCCAGUCUACCCUGUUGUUGCCACGGUGACCUCCUGCCCCUUCACCAAGGUUGAGCGCACCUUCCUGCACAUUGCUGAGAAGACCCACCUGAACAUUAUGUCUUCCAGUGGGCAGCUCCUGCCUCAUGAUCAUUAUGAGUUCUUCCAGCCUCGAGAACCACAGAAUGGCAGCUGCUCUAAGGAGCAGCGACAGCCUGCGGCUCCCAGCCCUAUUCAACCCCAAGGCAGAGAGACACGUGUCCAGAAUGGGGUAGGAACAGGAGAGGACUCGCUGGAGAGGACACAGGAGCCUGAACCUGUAGGCCGAGUAGAGCCCAGACACUUUCCUGAGACGGAGACCAGGCAGAUAGGGGAGGGAGAAAGAAGCAAAUCCCUGACUGGAGAUGUCCAUCUGAGCACAGUAGCCAGCUCCCAAAGGAAAAGUCGGAUUCCAGUGCUGAUGUCAGAGGAGGAUACAGGAUCAGAGCAUUCAGCAUCAAUCUCCUUCAAGACAAAACUGAGCCACAGGAGGUCCAGGCACCUCGAUUUAGCUCGUGCACUAAUGAACAAGAGGCAGUGCAGGCUAAUACAUCUUUCCUCACUCACUUCUUCCUCAGCUUCCUCAGGGGAGGAGCCAAGGGCAGCCUCAGGGAGUUCACCAGCGACAGCCUCCGAAGAGGACACCAACUCUGACAGUUCCCUCAACAGAGCAGCCAAGGGGAGCGAGGCCUUCUCACAGCCCACCAGACACAGCCAAACACUGAGCAGCAAGAGCAAGAUCCCACGGCCUAUCACCCUGGGGAAGGCAGCGACAGUGACCACCUCCACCCACAGCAGCAUCUUGAAACAGUCAGCCACUCUCAGGAUUGCAGUGAGUAAUGGUUCCGGGAUACCUGGCCCUCUUCCUGAGCCUGAUGUCUGGAUAAAGCAAGAGCCUGUACAGCCCCUCCUGAUCCCAGGUUCCCAUCAGGUCUCUGUGUACAGUGCUCAACCUAGCCUGGGUCCAGGUCGUACCGUCCCGUGCCGCAGUCUGAGUGCCUCUCCCAGGAUCCGGACUUUGAGCAGGACUGACAGCCCAUCACCGUGCCGACGUCGGAGACUGAACACAGCUUUGUCAGGGAGUAGUAUGAGGGCCCAGGCUCACACACAGCCUGGGCUCAGUGUUCACCACAACAGAGCCCGAAGCCAGGCUCCUGCUACCAAAGUCAGGCCACUGGCUGCUGUAGGCCAGCAGGCUGCAAGAUAAUGGACUGCGGUCUAAACCCAGGCACUGUUGGCCUCAGGUUACACAGCAUCAUCCCACAGUAAUCAGCAUGGAAUUCUCCAACACAGCAGCCCUGGCUUAGCUCCACACCCACCCCCCACCACACACACACUCACACACACACUCACACACACACUCACACACACACACAGAUACACGCACAUAUAUACACACACACAGACACAGAUACAACACACCCAUACACACACACCCACACACACAUGCACACAUACACACACGCACACACACAGACACAAACAGACGCACACACACACGCACGCACGCACAGACAUACACACAGACACACACACAGACACAGACACAGACACAUACACCUCUGUUUUUGGGCUGACAGUAACACAGGAGGGACAAUUAUCUCAACAUUAUAGGAGCAAAUAGGUCCACACUCUGUCUGUACCAACACUGCAAAACAACCCCAUCUGAGCAACGCAAGACUUCAAACAUCCUUCACCUACACAGCACCAAUAGUGGAGAACAGGUCAGCUCAUUCACAGCGAGGGUUCCAGAACUGAGAGAGAGAGAGCACUCCCCCUUCGCUUUGUAACACACUGCACUCCCCCUCACUUCCCACCCUCACUCCCCUCUCACUCUGCAACACACUGCACUCCCCCUCAGAGCUCCCCCCUCAUUCUAUGUAACACGGUGGAUUGUGUCUGCCUUGUCCUUCACACUGAUUUCCAUUUGCUGCUCCGGCUCUGCCUGCUUGGUUCACCCUCUGAGCUGACUUGCUGUGUGGAACAGCAUUAUUCCCAGUUUGUCUGGGUCAGAGGGAGCUGCUGCUGAGGAGCCUUUGCCCACAGCACUAGCUGCUGCUGCUUGGGAUCACUUGCAGCAGGCAGAGACUGGAAUGCCAGGGAGUUGGGACAGGACGAGGGCCUAGCACUCAGCUUGGCAUGGUGUGAGCUCCUGUUCUAGAGGGCCUGCCCUACCAAACGCUGUGUCCUUUCCACUUCCCUUCCUUCCCUAACCCAGUCACUAUUUGCUAACAAGGUGAAAAACUGUAGCCACAGGUUUGGGUCAAAAAUCACAGUUUGAUCAGGGGUUUGCCAAUAACAUACCUGAAUAUUUCUUUACAACUUAAAAUGAAGCAGCUACGUUAUUGUUUACACAUUGCCAAUAGAAUGUAAAAACAAUGGAAAAUAAUGUAUUCUGCAUGGCACUUGUAUCAGCUGGCAACCAGAACAUGGCAUGUCUCGUUUAGUUCCUCAAACAUGCACAGGAAGCUCAGAGUGACUCUUCCUUCAGCUGAAGAUAGAAGCGAUCACACCAUGUCUGUAUGUUACAUCGAUUCACUUCUCUUUGUAAGAGAGGAGCUCACUCAUGCUUCCUCAGCUUUGCUUUGUAAUUCUUGCAAAGGCAGCAGUAACUAAUCCAGGAAAGAGCAAUCUCUCCCAGUACAUUUUCUGCACAUUUCAAAUAUCAGCAUUUUAAUCCAGAAUGGCUGGCAUCGAACAUUUGGUUAAUAUUAAACAAAUCCGAUUGCUUGCUUCUCAA